CCAAGACCUCCAGCAGCAGAAAUGUUGUUAAUAGCUGGUGUCUGACUUCACCUAUCUUAAUAGAUAUCCAGAACUAACAGACUGAAGAUAACUCAUAUUUUGUCCAAAUGCACAUUUAAUCCACAUAAGACAAAGAAAAGACAAUAAAAGACAUGUAUGCACAGUAAUGGAGGAAGUCAAAGAACAUUUAGCACAUUUUCCAAGUGACCAUAUAUAACAUAAAGCAGUGACAUUUCUUCCUACUGCUCUAUUCUUGAAACAUGUCUUACAGACAAGUAACAGCAGGUAGAGAGAGACUUGAUCUCUUACAUGUGCUACAGUUGUCUCCACAGUCCAAGACACCAGACACUGUGCUGGAGUGGACUGAGCUUCAUAUAGACUCUGCUGGUAUAGACAACCUACCAGAUUCCAUUGACAGGUGUAAAAAUGUUAAGGAGUUGAAUGCAGCAAGCAACAGGUUAUCUUCUUUACCACAGUCCAUAUCCAAACUGCCACAUCUCACAGUGUUGUACCUAUCUAACAAUGCCUUCACUACAUUCCCCAUAGCACUGUGUGACUUGACUAACCUAGAGGUGGUGGACCUGCAUAACAACCAGCUAUCUGACAUACCAGUGGAUAUCACCAGGAUGAAGGGGCUUAGACUAUUCUGGCUCAAUAACAAUGCCUUCACUACAAUCCCCAUAGCACUGUGUGACUUGACUAACCUAGAGGUGCUGUACCUGUCAUACAACCAGCUAUCUGACAUACCAGUGGAUAUCACCAGGAUGAAGGGGCUUAGGAUAUUCUGGCUUCAUAACAAUGCCUUCACUACAUUCCCCAUAGCACUGUGUGACUUGACUAACCUAGAGGAGCUGUACCUGUCAGACAACCAGCUAUCUGACAUACCAGUGGAUAUCACCAGGAUGAAGGGGCUUAGGAUAUUCUGGCUUCAUAACAAUGCCUUCACUACAUUCCCCAUAGCACUGUGUGGCUUGACUAAACUAGAGGUGCUGCGCCUGGAUAACAACAAGCUAUCUGACAUACCAGUGGAUAUCACCAGGAUGAAGGGGCUUAGAAUAUUCUGGCUCAAUAACAAUGCCUUCACUACAUUCCCCAUAGCACUGUGUGACUUGACUAACCUAGAGGUGGUGGACCUGGAUAACAACCAGCUAUCUGACAUACCAGUGGAUAUCACCAGGAUGAAGGGGCUUAGGAUAUUCUGGCUUCAUAACAAUGCCUUCACUACAUUCCCCAUAGCACUGUGUGGCUUGACUAACCUAGUGAUGCUGCACCUGGAUAACAACCAGCUGUCUUACAUACCAGUGGAUAUCAGCAGGUUGACUAAACUUGAGAGACUUAUCAUGGCAGGCAAUAACAUCACUCACCUACCACCUCAGAUAAGGAAUAUGGGAAGUCUAACAGACAUAGAUGUGAAAGGUAAUCCUCUGGUACAACCACCUAUACAUACUGCCGACAGGGGACUAGAUGCUGUUAAGAGGUACUUUGAGGCAUUAGCUGACACCAAGGCAAUUCAGUCAAGCAGAGUACAGAUCAACUUUCUUGGUGAAACAGAAGCAGGAAAAACUAGCAUUUCACGUACAUUACAACUUGGACAGUCAACCCUCACAACGAAGGCAGACAGGACAAGAGUGGUGGAGCAGGGAACAUGGGAGUCUGACCAAGACAUUGCCUUCAAUAUCAAUGACUUUGGUGGACAUGAUGUCUAUAAAAUAGGUCAUCCCAUUUUUAUCUCCACUAGGGGCUUGGUUUUUAUCACUUUCAAUCUGUCUAAAUAUGAUCCAGAAAAGGAGGGUCAUUUUCAGCUGCACAUUGGAGCCUGGAUUGACAAGGUGCAAGCACAGAUGCCAGGGAUACAAAUAGCUCUACUUGGAACUCACCUUGAUGAGGUUGCAACCCCACAUGCAGUAACAAAAUGCUCCUCAAUAACCAGGCAGCUUGAAGACCAUGCAAGUGAAAAAAAAAGGUGGUAUCAAGCACAAAAGGAGACGUGUGAGAACAAAAUAAAAGAAAUACCUGAAGCCCAAGCGUCUCUCCGCCAGGCCUACCAAAGCAAAGCAGCUCAUUUGCAGACCUUGUAUGGGCAGAUAAAACCCAUCUAUGAGCAUAUUUUUACAGUGAGUUCAAAAACCCUUAAAGGAGUUCAGGAGUUGAGAGACUAUCUGCUUUCUUUUGCCAGGACAAGUGCUGAAGUUUUGCCAGAGAUGUGGGUGGAAGCAGCCAAGAAUAUCUGCACCAAGAAAAUUGAAGGCCCUGAGAACACACUUGGCUGGGAGGUGAUUGAUGACCUCAUUCUGCAAAAUGCACCAACAUCAUGGAAAGAGAAGCACACACAGGAAGAAAAAAAGAAAACAAUUUGUGACAUCUUAAGUUUCCUAGCUCACCGUGGAGACAUAAUAUGGUUUGAUAAAAGCCCUUCACUGAUGAAAGUUGUUUUCCACAAGCAAGAGGUUAUUGUGAAUGUUCUCAAGGCAGUCCUCACACAUGAUCAAGGUGAAGUAUCACAAAAGCUUCAAAAGUCCAUGAAGAUUACAAGAAGGAAAACACCCAAAAUAGAAGAAGACAUCUUUAACAGAGGAAUUGUUUCUAAACAAGCUAUGAGCUGCCUAUGUGAGCCUUUCAAAUUGUCAACUACUGAAAUUGAUGUCAUGACAGAAAUGAUGCUGAAACUGGAGCUGUGCUAUCAAGUCCAGGAAGAUGAAUCCCUUCCAUCCAAUACCUCAUUCCACUUUCCAUGGCUCCUCACUGAAGAAAGGCAACCUGAGCUAAACACCAAAUGGCCCAGCAAGGUUCCCCCAGACACCAGACAACUUACCCUGCAGGUUCUCUUUCCAUACAAAUGUCCAGAUGGCUUAUAUGAGAAAUUUUCUGUUCGUCAGCAUAAACAUCUUGGACUCAUGAAGACCAUGCGAAUGGACUGGAAGGAUGGAGUGUAUGCAGAACUUGAGGGAUGCAAAAUGCAGCUGACACGGGGGGAAAAUCCUGAUCCAGUUAGCCAAGAUCCAGACUGGGUUAUCAGUAUUGCUGUCCGUGGAUCACAUCUGUCAGACAUGUGGCGUGUUCUCAUGCGAGGUCACCAUGACCUUUUGGACAUCAUUAAAGAGGACUGGCCUGGGCUGUCAUAUGACAAGUACCUGGUGUGUCCCCACUGUGUGAGAGAGGACAGUGAGCACCAACCCCCCUCAACUACUAACCAAAAUCCAGAAGUACCAGCAAAAAGAAAAAGAUACUGUCAGAAAACACCAACACUCUUCCCUGGAGAGAUACUUGACCAAACCAGUAGAACAGCUUCUAAACCAAGACAGGUGCCAUGUGUCAAUACUGGUGUUUCCAUUCCUGCAGACCUGGUCUACCCACCACACCUGGCCAUGAGCUGGCAGGAAGGUAAGCACAAUACAUAUCUCUCUGUACUGUUAUAG